AUGCAGCCUCUCGAUCCAAUAACCCUGGCAAUAAUUGCUGUGGUGGUAGCUGUUGUACUCUCUGCACUUCUGUUACUUCUCUUUACAUCCCGUGAGGAGAAAUUUGAAGAUGUUCUAGCGGCCCAGCGUUCUGAACAAGAUGCGUAUCUUGUACGUUCUGCUGCUGUAAAAUCCGCCAAACCUCGGAAGAAGUUCAGCAAGGGUAAGAAGAAAUACUCAGACGAUGGGGAAGUCAUGGAAGAAGUUUCAGAGCCUUUGGUCGAAGAAACGAUCGAGACAAGCCAUGUCGAGGAAGACGAGUCGGGUUUUUCUCCAUCCGGAAAAUAUUUUAUGGAAGCUGACCCACCGGAUGAAGAGAAGGUACCCUUAGCGGAAGAAAAACCGAGCACUGGGAUUAUGAAAGAGCGUCCAGGGAAAAAGAAGUCGAAAAAAGCUGCCCUGAAAGAGGAGAAAAGUUCCGUGAGUGAACACCAUGUAAGUUUCGACAAACCACGUGAGGAUGUGGAAGAGGUUGUAGCUCAACUCGAUUCCGCUUCAACUUUGGAAAACGAGCCAGGCAAGUUCGAGGAACUCGAAAUCGAAGAGCAGAAACUUCCUGACAGCAAUGAAACAGCGGCUUCAGCUAAGAAGUCGAGGAGUAAACCCAAACCAGCCAAAGACAAGGGGUCUAUUCAAGGUCAGUGUGGCGUCGAUUGUAAUAAGUAA